GGCGUCGUGGCGAGACUGUCGGUCCGGCGUGCUAUUUCUGGGAGCUUCGUGGUUGUUUGGUUGGCUGGAAGUGUUGGGCCGCGCCAGCGGGGGAAUCGCGGGAAUUUAGGAUCUUUAUCCUCGCCGGAUCUCGAGUUUAGGAAAGCUCGCAGUGGGUGGUUUGGGUGUUCCUCUCUGGCGCUUCUUUUCUUCGCCCAGUGUGUUCUUUCCUCUAGCUCUCGUGUGUUCUUCUUGCUUCUUCUCCCUCUCUCAGGUUGCGAUUCCGGAUUCGCGCGCCAAUUGAUUUGGCGCGGAAAUUUUGAUCUGUACCCGGUACCCUAUGGCCGGGUCCAUCGCCGCCUCGGCCUUCUUUCCGGGCUCUUUGUCGCCGGCCGCGCCCACGAGCGCCCUCGGCGAGCGCCCGGACAGCCUUGACGUCCGUGGCAUCGCCGCGAAGCCGGCCUCGUCGUCCUCUGCUGUGAAGGCCAACAAGACGCGCUCCCACGCCGCCGUCCCCAAGGUGAACGGCAGCAAGUCUGCCUUGGCGGAUGGUGAGCACGAGACUGUGUCCUCCGCGGCGCCGAGGACAUUCUACAACCAGCUCCCCGACUGGAGCAUGCUCCUUGCGGCCAUCACGACCAUCUUCUUGGCUGCCGAGAAGCAGUGGACAAUACUUGACUGGAAACCCAAGCGGCCCGACAUGCUUGUCGACACGUUUGGUUUUGGCAGGAUUAUACAUGACGGAUUCAUGUUCAGGCAGAACUUCUCCAUUAGGUCCUACGAGAUUGGAGCUGAUAGGACGGCAUCCAUAGAGACGCUCAUGAACCAUUUGCAGGAAACUGCACUUAAUCAUGUAAAGAGCGCUGGGUUGUUAGGAGAUGGUUUUGGUUCAACGCCAGAGAUGAGUAAACGGAACUUGUUCUGGGUUGUCAGCCAAAUGCAGACCAUCGUCGAGCGUUAUCCAUGCUGGGGUGACACUGUUGAGGUGAAUACUUGGGUUGGUGCUCAUGGUAAAAAUGGAAUGCGUCGUGAUUGGCAUAUACUUGAUUCUAUGACAGGCCAUACUGUAUUGAAGGCUACAAGUAAAUGGGUUAUGAUGAACAAGCUUACUAGAAAACUUGCGAGAAUUCCAGAUGAAGUGCGGGCUGAAAUAGAGCCGUACUUUUUUGAGCAUUCUGCUAUUGAAGAUGAAGACAACCGAAAACUUCCAAUACUACCAGAGAAUGAACGUGCUACUGCAGCCAAGUAUGUCCGGACAGGCCUGACGCCUCGGUGGGCUGACCUUGAUAUCAAUCAGCAUGUCAAUAAUGUUAAAUAUAUUGGCUGGAUCCUUGAGAGUGCACCAAUCUCCAUUCUGGAGAAUCAUGAACUGGCGAGCAUGGUCCUAGAUUACAAAAGGGAGUGCGGCCGAGACAGUGUUCUGCAGUCUCACACUACCGUGUACACUGAUUGCACCAAUGAGUCUGGAGAAACAACUUUGCACUGUGAGCAUUUGCUGAGCCUGGAAUCAGGACCUAUUAUGGUGAAAGCCCGGACCAUGUGGAGGCCAAAGGCAACAAAUUCCCAAGAAACAACGGCUCUGUCAUGGUGAUUUUUGCAGGAACAAUGUGGCAAAUCUGAGAUACAGCUACUUGUGUUCUCUUCUGGAAAGCACACAUUGCACGUACAUGGAUGAUAUCUUAAUAAUCCCAUUAGGCCAUGCCAAUGGGAUACCCGAAUUAUUUACAUAGCAAGUGUGUGUGUGAAGGUGGAGGGGAUAAGAAGGGGACAAAGGAAGUGAUCUAUGAAGCAGAGGAUACCUCUUGCACAUGCUUUGAUGUUAUGGUUCUCCCUUCUCUCCCCUUGUGAAGAUCUUGAGUUAUAGGAAAGAUUGUUGUAAUUAUUGAGAUUGUAGCUACUGCUGUGUGAGGGGAAGUGAAUUUUCUUCUCACACUUGUUCUGUCUUGGGCUGUGUCUAUAUGUACUAUGAGCCCUUGAAAGCACAAAGCAGCUUUUCUGGAAACUUUCUUCACAGUUUUACUGCAUGUUGAGCUUAUACAGUUAUACCAUACUAUAUUGUAUUGAUUGAUUCUUAUUUAGAGAUUUGUGACUUC